CCGGGGCCGCCUCCCCGCCGGGCGGGGUCCUCCGCGCAAACCUGCGCUGGGCUCGCCCUGCGCGCUUCCGGGCCUUGCGCGCUCCUUGCCCACCGGGGCCCCAAAGGGAGGCAGCUGUGGAAUGACUGGGCACCCUUCAGACGUCACUUAUUUUCUCCUGCCACUUUCCAGCCUCCCUGGGAUGAAGAGAGCGAGGUGCUGAGUUUGAAUGGGCUCUCCUGGCUCAAAAUGGCCCAAGAGCACUCAACCGGCCUUCUGGUGGACAGAGGUCUUCUCCUGGGACCUCCAUCCCCCAGCAACAGCAGCAUGUCUCCUGAGGAGAAAUGCCCCUCCGUGACCCGCUUGGAGGAUGGCGACCCCCUGGCCAAGCCCUCGACCCCGCUCGCCCCUCCACGCCGGAUCAUCCUGAGCACCGAGAGCCCGGCCGCCCUCAAGGUGGGCACCCAGCAACUCAUCCCCAGGAGCUUAGCCGAAGACCCCAAGUCUAAGCUUCCCGCCCGCCCCCAGAGCUUCUCCGAAGGGGCGGCAUGCGGCAGGGAGGGGCUCCGUGGCGACCCCAAGCGCUUGUCGGCGCCCAGCCUUGCCUUGGAGGACGAGCCUGAGGACGACGAGCUGGACGCCAGCGAAGGGAGCUUGAAACGCAACCUGCGCAGCAUGUCCUACCGGGCGGCCAUGAAGGGCGUGAGGAACGGCGGAGAACCUGAGGUGCCCCCGGCCGUGGGGGGUCUCAAGCCCAUGUUGGGGGAUGCCAAGGCCCCUGCUGGCCGGGCUCCUGCGAGGAACAAGCGAACGUUGGGGCGCAAGCGACUUCAGCAUCACGGCGGUUCGUUCAAAGAUGAUCCCCGCUUGUACCAAGAGAUCCGAGAAAAGGGCCUCAACUCCAUCAACCACGAAUCGGACGACGACUUGCUUGACCUGGAUGCCAUUCCCGAAGAACACCCGCCCUCCAUCGUGGUGAAAAGCUACCGCCCCGCCCACGCCACCUGGAGCCAGCAGCCUGAGGUCCUGGAAGCCGGCAUCUUGGACCGUAUAUCCCCGGAAGAACGUAAGAGGCAAGAGGCCAUCUUUGAGAUCAUCACCUCCGAGUACUCCUACCUCCAUAGCCUGACCAUCCUGGUGGAGCAUUUCCUGAAAUCAGCCGAGUUGAAGGAGACCAUGACCCAGAUGGACCAUCAUCACCUCUUCUCCAACGUGGGGGACAUCUUGGCGGUCAGCAAGAGCUUUUUUGAAGAUUUGGAAAAGAGGCACCGGGAAAACGUGGUGAUUCCGGACAUCAGCGACGUGGUGGAAGCGCACGCCUCCAGACACUUCCACCCCUACGUCAUCUACUGCUCCAACGAGGUCUACCAGCAAAGAACCCUCCAGAAGCUCCUAGCUUCCAACGUCGCCUUUAAGGAGUCCUUAAAGCGGAUUGAACGGAUGCCGGAAUGCGGCAGCCUGCCCCUGAUUUCCUUCCUCAUCCUCCCCAUGCAGAGGGUGACACGGCUGCCCCUCCUCUUGGAUACCGUCUGUCAAAAAACCCCAGUGAACACAGCUGCAUACCGAGCCACCACGCAAGCUCUGAAGGCCAUCAGCAAGGUGGUGAAGAAGUGCAACGAAGGAGCUCACACCAUGGAAAGGACGGAACAGAUGUGCAGUCUGCAGAACCAGCUGGAUUUUGGCAAAGUCAAGAACUUCCCACUGAUCUCAACCUCCCGCUGGCUGUUGAAAAGGGGCCGAGUCUGUCUCCCUCCAACCGAAGACGGCGGAAUCUUCCGGAAGGGAUCCGGGCGGGGAAUCUGCUACCUCUUUGUCUUCAACGACGUCCUGAUCAUCACCAAGAAAAAAAGCGAGGAGAGCUAUGCUGUCCUCACCUACUCCAUGUUGGAACAUCUCACGGUCGAGAAGAUCGAAACCCCGGACAGUCCGACCGGCCUCGGUCGCAGCGGCUACCUCUUCCAACUCACUUUGCGAAAGGACAAUGAAGGCAAGCCGGAGGAAGUCGUCCUGGCUGCAGAAUCACGAAGCGACAGGGCCCGUUGGAUCAGCGCAUUGAUGCACCGAGAAGAGAAAGAAACCAGCACAGCAGAGAAAGGAGCACUCCAACAGGUAGAGAUCACCAGAGCCUAUCUGGCUAAGCAGGCGGAUGAGAUUUCGCUCCAGCAAUCCGACGUCGUCCUUAUCCUGAACCAGGAAGAGGGCUGGUAUCUGGGGGAGCGUCUGCGGGACGGAGAGAAGGGCUGGUUCCCGCAAGCCUGCGCCCAGGAGAUCACCAACCGCAACGCUGUCGAACGCAACGUGCAGCGCCUGGAACGGCUGCGCAUUGAGACUGAUGUGUGACAACAGAAGAGCGUCCCGUCUCAACCCGCUUGGAUGCCAGAGCACCGGGAGGUGUUUCAAGGGCCAGGGAGUUGCAAAAUCCAGAUAUCGGACCGUAUCCGGGCCUCCUGGGCCGAACCAAGACUCUGGUCUUUAUUUUUUAUUUUAAAUAAAUUGGACUGUAGGAGAACCACUGCCUAAAAUCCAGCUGGAUUGAAAAACUGCAAAGAAGUCAGCGACUGGACGCCGUUGGAUUGAAUCCUACCCUUUUUAUAGAUUUUUCUUGUUUUUUAAAAGAAACCUGUGGAACGGAGUAAUUUUUACAAUGAAUUUUUAAGGCUGCUCAUGUUUUAAUCUGCUCUCUUUUCCCCAUAACUCCUCAGGGGUCCCUUUAGUUAAUACUAGCCAAUAACCCCGCAUUGCCCCGGUAUUUAUUUAUCCUAAUCCUGUAUUUAGACAAGGGAAAACCCUGAUUUCAGUGACAAUUAAUCAGAAGAAAUGUAAUUUGUAACGUUGGAUUUUCCCCCUUACCAGAGAGAGGGCCUCCCCCACCUUGUGGAGUAAUGUGAAGCCAUUACCAUGGCAACUCCACAGCGCUGUACAGUAGAAGCCAUUUUAAGGCGGUACAGUAGAAGCCAUUUGAAGGCCCAACAGGCUGUAUGUUAACAGACACACACGCCCUGAGGGGGUGUUAGGGGUACACAGUGCUUGUUUCCAGAGAGUAAGUAAUCUGUGUGCCAAGUUUGGUUGAAAUUGCUCGAGGCAUUAUGCUGGAAUACACACACACACACACACACAAACACACAUCCUUUUAUAUAGAUUCCCAGACCAGCCUCUGUUUUAAGGGCCCCAAAUGUUUAAUCUUGUACAUAAUUCUCCUUUUUUUUUCUUCCCUCCUCCGUAAACCAUUUAAUGACUCCAAACUUAUACAACUUUCUGUGACUGAUUUCUCUUCCCCUUUUUGCUCCGAUCCUAUGAACUGACCGGUGAGUUGUGGUUUUAUUUUUCCUGAAUAUUCCUGGAAUAAAACAAGGGGGGGGA